AUGGGCUGCACAAAAAGUAGAGAAAAGCCGCACUUGUUUAAGCCUCCAAAGAUAUCAAACAGCUACAGUCCUCAUUUUUCUAAACUUUUAUAUUGUUCAAAUCCUGGAGGAAACACAAAUGUGAUAGCAAGUUUGCAUGCUCCAGAGCUUGGGGUGUGUUUGAUUAAUGUAUGAUCGCUCAUUAAUGAUAUUUUGGUUAUUACUAAUACUUGAAAAGCACCUGCAAGCCAUACAUUGACUGAGCAUAUAACUGAUAUUACUUUUAUGCUAAUAAAAGAAGAUUAUGCUGAAAGGGCUACAGAUGUAUAUAGGAGGUUGCUUCUGGCGUCAUGCUCAAAGUCUUUGAUAAGAGAAAACGGAGAAGUAGCAAGCUUAAAUGUUAUAAAGGUCUGGGAUAUAGAAACUAUGAGGGAAAUUAAUGAAAUAGGAGCUGUAAACAGUAGAGAAGCAUUAGUUGGGUUAAAAUGCAAAGAAAAUAAAAUUUGUGUGCUUACGACGUGUGGGAAUAUAUACAUAUGGUCUUGUAUGCUAAAUGGUGGAGACUGUGAUAGCGCUUUUGCAAUGCCUAUUUUUAAUAGAAUUUCGCUAUUCUGCUGUGGAGAAGUCCAAUGUGAUAUUUUUGAUUUUGACAUAAUAAAGAUAAAUCAUGAGAAAAACCGAGCCUGCUUUAAAUCCCCAAUUUCAAGCAGCUUAUAUGAAGAUUUUAUUAUAGGAAUAUGCUGAAGCGACGAAAAUGACUCAGUUAAAAGUCGUAUGCUUUUCGUUAAAAUGAAUUCUCAGAAAAAAAUUGAUAUUAAUAUGGAGAAUAUGACAGUUACUGAUUUUAUAAUUGAUAAUGAAUUUUUAUAUGCAGUGAAUUUAUUUAAAAACGGAAGGGUUUUGGUUAAAAUGCAUAUUGAAAGAAUAGAAAUUUUGCAACAAUUUUAUAUUGAGCCAGCUAUAAUGGGAGGGCUGAAUUUCGUAGAGCUUUAUAAUGAAAAGGCGUGUGAUGAGAAAAAGAAAAUUCCUAUUUCUUAUAUUAAAAUGAUUCAAAUUAAUAAGCAGAAACUAAUUGCUGUAUUGAGCACGAAGGGGGAAAUAGAGUAAAAGAUAUAUAGACUUUUUAAUAAUGAUUUUUGUGAAAUUAGUUCUGUUGAUUUGCAUGCAGAAAUUGAGACUGCAGAUGUGGAUUCAUAUAAAAAAUGGCUUCGGAUGAAAAAGUAUUCACUCUAUGAAUUCCUUUCUCUAAUUUAGCUUUUAUUAUGAGGUUAAGUUUUUUAUCACAGAAUUCUGCAUUAUGUAUCGUGCUUUUCCUCUUUCCCUGCUGAUAUAAAAGGUAAGGCCCUUAGGCCGAAUACUAGCUGGAGUAAAGUCGGAUAGAUUGAGGCAAAGCUCCAAGCCGUUAGUGCUUUCCGUACUUUGGGUUCCCAAAUGUCUUCAUGGGGACUAGGAACAAGCUGACUGCGAGGUCUGACAAUGUUCGAGAGCAGUGACAAGACAGAGAAAAAAGCGUUUCACCCGCACUGCACUGCCAAAGGUCUAACCAAAAGUUAGUUAAAUUAAAGUAAUUGCUAUUGUGGAUGUGGAUUCAACUGUGUUUUAUAUUGCAAGAAAAGAUGGAAAAGUUAUUUGUCUUUCAUUUUAA